AUGGCAAGCAGCCGUUUAGAAAGAAUUGGCACAAUUUAUACAAGAGUGGAGGGACUUCUCACAAAAGGAGCAAUAAAACCAGAUGACAGGCCUUUGUGGUUUGAUGUGUACAGAGCUUUCCCACCUCUUGUGGAACCCAAGUUUGCUAAACCAAAACCAGAAAUCAAGCCUAUAAGACCAAUUCUUUACCCUGAAGAUAAUAUUAGAGCGAAAUUUCACUCCAAAGGGUAUGGUUUAGGAGCAAUAAAUAUGAUCAGCCAAACGGAAACACAAACCAAGCGACUUAUACAACAAUACACGAAGCUGAAGUCCGAAGGAGUUCCAAACAAGGAUCUAAUUGAAAAAGCCGCGGAGAUUGUUGGUAGUGAGCGACAACUGGAGGCCACUAAGGCAAAAAUUACCGCCGAAAGCCCAGAAUCGGUUUCAGCGAAAGUCCUAACCGAGGUCGACAUUAAGAACAUUUUCUCUGAAAAGUAA